AUGUCUUCAAGCUUCGAGACAAUCAUCGAAUCAAUCAUUUCCGAUGCGCCUUCUGGAGAAGUUCAAGAUGUCGUAAAGGACCUUACGACAAUCGCGGGAGAUCAAGCAGAGGAGGCUAUCAUAGAAGCUAUGACGCAUUACAACGUUAAAAAUCUGAUCCCAAUAGAAGUGAAAGGAAAGCCCGUUAUAAUUUCAGAGUACAACAAGAAAGGCUCAAAAUUUUUUGAUCCUGUACGUUCCAUCUUGUUUUCUGUCGACCAUUUAAAUCGUACCGGUGUAGACGUGGAAGACUGUGACCAGAAGCACACAACUGAACAAAGGGGUCUGUAUGAGGAAUUGGAUAAAUAUAUGUCCAAGAAUUUCACGGGUAACGUAGCUUAUGCGGUUUAUGCCAAAGACGAUCCCGAUGAAGUUGCUAUUUUCAUUGCGAGCACUAGGUACAGCCCUGGAAAUUUCUGGAAUGGCCAUUGGAGGUCAAGCUACACUUACAACAUGAAUUCUCAAGCCCUAAAGGGUACGGUUGACAUUGAUGUUCACUACUUUGAGGAUGGAAACGUGAGUUUUAAGUUUAGCAAAGAUGUUGAGCACAAUGCAGCUUCAAGCGCAGUAGUUUCCAUAAAAAACCUAGAAAAUGAGGUGGAAAACGAAAUGAGCGCCUCGUUUUCAAACCUUAACGAAAAAGAAUUUAAACUUCUAAGGAGAAGGCUACCAGUAACUAGAUCCAAGAUUAACUGGGGUAAGGGGAUAGGGACUUACAGGCUAGGCAAAGACUCAGCUGAAAACCAGCUGAAAUGA